AUGCCCUGCGGGACUUUAAAAGAACCUCAGAUAAAUAUCACGUGUCGAAAUGUAAUCACUCAUCUCGUUGCGCUCCAUCAUACUCAAGAGUCGGGCUUAACGAAUUUCAAACUUAUUCUGACCAUUAAACCAGGUAAGCCCUCAUUGAAGGGUCUCAGCUCAAAACGAAGAUUGUUCGGAAAGUAUCGUUAA